AUGACAAAAAUGUCCAGCCCUACUGAGACUGAGCAGUGCAUCGACUUUCUGAUUACUGUUUUCCAGAAGUGUGCUGGAUAGGAGGGUAAUAAUGCAUUCUCCAAGACAGAGUUCCUAAUCUUCAUGAACACAGAACUGGCUGCCCUCACAGAGAACCAGAAGGACCCUGGCAUCCUUCACUGCAUGAUGGAAAAACUGGACCUCAACUCUGAUGGCCAGCUAGAUUUCCAGGAAUUUCUUAAUCUUACUGGUGGCAUGGCCACAGCUUGCCAUGACUCCUUUACAAGGUCUACCCAUUCCUAG